CUAUGACCAAGGAUAAACUUUUCAUCAGUGCAUUCCAUGAGUCAUCAACAUCGUUUUCAGUAAGUGUAGAAACACUGGAAAUCCUUUAUAUUUACAAACUAGUUAAGACUGACACAGUUGAUCUCUACCUCGACGUGCUAAUAGCCAAACCUUCAGAACCCCUGGUUGAAUGUGUUUUUGAUGGCAUUACGUAUACACCAACCCUUGAUAUUCCUGAAAUAGCACAGUUUGCUGAGUGGCCAGUAAUUGUCUCGGGAAAAAAAGUGGUGGCUGGCUUGUGUUCCGUAGCAAGAUACUUGCUGAAGAAUUCAACUAACAUAGAAAUCAAGAGCUUAUUAGGAUUCCGAGAUGCUUGCCUUAUGGCUUGUUCAGAGAGCUCUAUAUGGACUCGAUUUUGUGAAAUUGACAUCAUAGAAACAACGAAGAAUAUCAUCAAAAAUAAGUAUUACAAAGAAGGCAGAUUUUGCUUGCCAGGCGAUAUAGCAAGAUUUGAGUUUCACUUAUCGAAACCUGUGAGGAUGCACAAUAUUUAUAAAGUUGCUAGAGAAAAAAAUAAGGACAAAGAUAUCUCUUCUCAAAUACCUAUAGAAAAACUCAAUUUGAAUCACACUUUCAGUGAAGGUACUAUGAUGACAUUGGCAGAUGUGAUCUUGUAUCAGUGUUACAAAAUAUUUUUCCAACUUUCUCCCUUUGAUUUACUAGAAGAGAGAUUACCAUUAACACUGAGAUGGUUUCAAGUGAUGAGUGCUUCUGGUCUGCCACAAUUGGAAGUGAAAGUUUCUAACCCGGAAGAAGAAGUGACAGUUAUUGACGAACCUGUCUUUGUGAAACAAAGUCUCUACACUGCCGAUCCAUCCCGUUAUAGACCAGAAAAACGAGUUUACACUAAGCAAAAUGAUAUUGAACUAGCUUUUAAAUUGCUUGCUCCUGUUGAAAGUGUAAUUAUCAACAAAUGUAUACCAUUUGGAAUAGAUGCAGCUUUUGACUGGUCAAAUGUACCAAUUGAGGCAAAUCCUAAUGGGGGUGCAUUACCUAAGAAGCGGGCAAGUAGAAAAUGCGAGCAGCUUGAAAAUCUUGCCAAAGCUGUUAUUAAGCUGGCUUCGGACAAGGAGUAUAAAAUCGUGGAUUUCUGUAGUGGUAGCGGACAUUUAGGAAUAUUGUUGGCAGUUCUGCUACCAAAUUGUGAAAUUGUAUUAGUUGAGAACAAAGAAAGAUCUUUAUUGAGAGCGAAGGAACGAAUACAAAAGCUUAAUCUACCUAAUGUUACCAUAGUACAGUCUAACCUAGAUUAUUUUCUUGGCAGUUUUGAUAUAGGCGUAGCUUUGCAUGCCUGUGGAGUGGCAACAGACCUAGUUAUACAAAAUUGUAUUUAUAGACGAGCACACUUUGUUGUCUGCCCUUGUUGUUAUGGAGGUGUUAAGGACUGCCAUCAUGUGACAUAUCCUCGUAGUGAGCAGUUUAGGAAAUUGAAACUAGGAUACAAGAAUUAUUUGAGCUUUGCCCAUGCUGCUGAUCAAACUCAUGAAGAAGAUAACGUGAAGACAAAACAGGGGUAUUUUUGUAUGGACAUUGUGGAUACUGAUCGAAGGUUACAGGCAGAAAGUUAUGGGUAUAAUGUUAAUUUGGGUAAGCUCAAACCAAAUAGCUGUACAAAUAAGAAUAAUUUGUUGGUCGGAGUUUAUUCGAAACAUGAGGGAAAUAUAUGAGUUUUAUUUUUU